ACUGUUCUCCGCAUUCGAAAAAAACGCGCAAAUAGAGGGGACGCCAAUCGAAAAACUUAUUUAAAAACAACGUUUUAAUUGAUUUCAUCGCAUUGUAAGUGAAAAGCCGGCGACAUGACGCUUUCCCGCACAAAGCACGCCAACCGGAACCACCUGCCGCACCUGCUGACCAAGGUGCCCGAGGAUCACCAGGAGCCGAUUAAGAAUAUGUGCCUCAAGAUGAUGUCCCACGACGCCUACGGCCAACCGUACGAUUGGAGUCCCCGCGACUUUGAAAUGGGCGCCCACUUGGGCCGCGGGAAAUUCGGCCGCGUUUACCUGGCCAGGGAACGCCACUCGCACUACCUGGUGGCCAUGAAGGUCAUGUUCAAGGAGGAGCUGCGCAAGGGCUGUGUGCAGCGCCAGGUUCUGCGCGAGAUCGAGAUCCAGUCGCGACUAAAGCACCCGCACAUCCUGCGCCUGCUCACCUGGUUCCACGACGAGAGCCGCAUCUACCUGGCUCUGGAGAUAGCUUCCGAAGGCGAGCUGUUCAAGCAUCUGCGCGGAGCUCCCAAUCACCGAUUCGAUGAACCCAGGUCGGCCAAAUACACCUACCAGGUGGCCAAUGCCCUCAACUACUGCCAUUUGAACAACGUGAUCCAUCGGGAUCUGAAGCCGGAGAACAUCCUUCUGACCAGCACCGACGAUCUGAAGCUGGCCGACUUUGGUUGGUCGGCGCACACGCCCAACAACAAGCGAAGGACUCUGUGCGGCACAUUGGAUUACCUGCCGCCGGAGAUGGUGGACGGCAACUCCUACGACGACUCGGUGGACCAGUGGUGCCUGGGCAUCUUGUGUUACGAGUUCGUCGUUGGGUGUCCGCCCUUCGAGUCGAACAGCACGGAGAGCACAUACAGCAAGAUUAGGCGCAUGGAGAUCUCCUAUCCGUCGCAUUUGUCCAAGGGCUGCAAGGAGCUGAUUGGCGGGCUUCUACGCAAGGAGAGCAAGGGCCGAAUCACCUUGGUGGAGGUCAUGACGCACUAUUGGGUCAAGGAGGGAAUGGCCCAAAGGGAGCAAGAGCUUCUCAAACGGGAGCGCGGCAAGGAGAAUACUGCAAGGAAUUGAAUGAUUUCCACUUAGCAGUUUGUAACGACUUUUUUACAAUUUUAAUAUGUUUAAUAAACGGUUUAAGGAAUGAA